AAAAAGUCGGUCGACCAGACAGGAAAGUACCGAACCGCAGCGAGCGAAAAAGCGCCAAACCAUCGGUGGCCAUCGUCGUAUCGUAUCCGUUAUCGAGCCGUGCGUCCGGUUGGUCUUCAGGAGCCGGACGAUAAACCAGCGACGGUAGCCAGCUGCCAGUAUGCAAACGAACUGGACAACCGUUUCCCUCGCAGUGUUGCUGGUGGCCACGCUGCUCGUCUCGUACGCUCUGCCCACCGAUGGAGGAGGACAACGGAGAUCAGCACCGGCACUGAUCGACUCCGGGGUUAGAGCAGUGGCACCGGUUAGUGGGGGGUUGCAGGCCACGACGAAGCUGCGCCCGGUUGGCAAACAGCAGCAACAACCGGCCACCACCUCCGGCAACAAUGACGACGACGAUGAUGAUGACGACGAUGACGAUGAGGAUUAUUUUGAUUUCGGGUUCGACGACGACGAUGACGACGAUGAUGAUGAUGAAUCAGAGGAAGAGGAAGAGGAAGAGGAGGAAGAAACUGAGGUACCAGAAGUGGGACCAACCAGUGCACCGGUGCUGGAAACGAGUACAAUCCGUGCCCGGCUCCUGUCCGAUGCGGCUUUCAACAAAAUCUCGGAGACGCUCGGUGCCUUGAAUACUGUCGGUCGGUACAUCGUAAACAUCACGAAGGGACAGGAGGCGAGCGCGAUCACGCAGGUCGAUCCCGACACGAAGGAAACGGUCCCGGAGGCCCUCCUGACGCUCACGAAAACCGUGCUCGGUCAGAACAUUACAAAAUCCUUCGAACCGUUGAUCAAACGCGUUGGUGCGCCCGGUGAGUCGGAGGGCACCGUGGAUGCCGUCACGUCCGGACCUUUGUUGCUGGUGCCAACAACGGCCACCACUACUAAGGAGGGUGUUCUAGAGAUCGCGGUUAAUCGCUCGACCGUGGAGUCGGUCCAGACCGUAGCGCAACGCAAGGAGGACAACGAAGUUAAUCUUGGGGAGUCUGGGAGUAGCGCGACGUCUUCCGUUCAGCCCACCGGCCCUGUGGUUUCGGAGCAGAAGAAGAAAAAGAAAAAGAAGAAGAAGAACAAGGUUAAGCGGAAGGAUCCGGCCCACCAGGAGGUGCGGCCAACACCGAGCAGCACCACCACGCGACGUCCGGAACCGGCGCCAAGCAAUAAAAUCAUCGAGUCAACGAAAGACAACGAGAAUCGAUGCCGAACACCGGAUGGCCGGCCAGGGCGCUGUGAGGAUCUCAGUACCUGUCCGGGACUUUUGCUGGACUUGAGUCACCUGCGGGAGUCACUCUGCUUCAAGAGUCUGUUCGUGCCGGGUGUUUGCUGUCCAAUCAGUAGCCCUAGCACACAGCUAACCACACCGAAACCGGCCCCGGUACGACCGGCAACGGUCGCCCCUAGUCUGGUGUUGGCUCCGGUCACGAAACCGACGACCACGACGACGACAACGAAGCGUCCGCUUGUGCCCGUAUACACCGUCGCACCGGAUCUUGAUGGUGCGCUACUGUCGGCGACACUGAAACCACUCGAUAACAUCGUCGAUCCGGACGAUUGUGGUCAACAGGAGUACUCGUCGGGGAGGAUCGUCGGUGGUAUUGAGGCACCGACCGGUCAGUGGCCCUGGAUGGCGGCCAUCUUUCUACACGGUACCAAGCGGACCGAGUUCUGGUGCGGUGGAUCACUGAUCGGAACGAAGUACAUCCUGACGGCGGCUCACUGUACCCGGGAUUCUCGUCAGCGACCGUUUGCCGCACGGCAGUUUACGGUCCGGUUGGGUGAUAUCGAUCUGUCGACCGAUGGGGAACCGUCGGCCCCGGUCACGUACAAGGUGACGGAGGUACGAGCUCAUCCACGGUUCUCGCGUGUCGGUUUCUACAACGACAUUGCGCUGCUGGUGCUGGAUAAGCCGGUGCGCAAAUCGAAGUACGUCAUUCCGGUGUGUCUGCCGGGAGCGAAUCUUCCUUCGAAGGAGCGUCUUGCGGGUCGGCGAGCGACGGUGGUUGGCUGGGGUACGACCUAUUACGGUGGCAAAGAGUCAACGAAGCAGCAGCAGGCCACGUUGCCGGUCUGGCGGAAUGAGGACUGCAACCGGGCGUACUUCCAGCCCAUCACGGAUAACUUUGUUUGUGCCGGUUUCUCGGAAGGUGGCGUCGAUGCGUGCCAGGGAGACUCGGGUGGACCACUGAUGAUGCUUGUUGAAGCCCGCUGGACCCAGGUUGGGGUCGUUUCGUUCGGAAACAAGUGCGGUGAACCUGGCUAUCCCGGUGUCUACACGCGGAUCAGCGAGUAUAUGGAGUGGAUAAGGGAGAACACCAAGAAGUAGUCGCCAUAUAGGAGUUAGAUGGCAGCGUAGGAGAAGGGGGAGGGUCAGGGAACGA